AUGAAGAAAGAAGUGAAGUUGUAUGAUCGUUUAAUGAGGAUUGAAUCUGGCAUUGGAUGGGAUCCCGUGAGAAAGACAAUUGUUGCAUCACCAGAGUGGUGGGACGAAAAAAUAAAGGGCGAUAAAGAUCUUGCCAAGUUUAGGGACUUAAAUUUGGAGAUUUAUCAAGUGUAUUAUGAGCCUUUAUUUCGGGAUUCCGUUGCCAUUGAAGAUAAGACUAAGGCUCCCGUUGAAUGUCAAAACAAUAGUGGUCCAACUAAUGUUGAAGAUAAAGAAGAUCAUGAGGGGAAAGAAAAUAGUGAUGAAGUGAAUUUAGGCGACGAUGAUAAACAUCUUUUCCCUCAAAGUAGUUCUAGUAAAAGGAAGAAGCCGAAUAAUGUCGCACCUACCCGUUCAACCAAGGGAAAAUCAUCUGUAACUUCCUCAUUUGAGGAUACACUAGAUAAUGUAAUGGAGGCACUAUCAUCACGAAGCAYGAUGAAUAGUGAUGACUCUGAUUCGAAUUAUGAUAAUGAAAUAAAUUGGGUGGAAGAGAAGAACUAUUGGGAUUGUAUUGGUGCUAUCGAUGGGACACACGUAAGGGCAUUGGUUCGAGAGCAUGAGCAAGAAAAAUACAUUGGUAGAAUAGGAUAUGCGACGGAAAAUAUCAUGACA